AUGAAAAAUUCUGCGGCCUCUGUUGGGCAGUCUCGACUCGAUGUGAUGAGGGCAGCACUAAGAGGGGAAUGGAAUGACAUCAUAAACUUUUAUAACUUGCAGCAAGUGGAAUCACCAUCUAAUAAUAUCGAUAUCGAAGAUGACAACAACAACGUUCUAGUUAGUAACAAUAUCGAUAUGGAAGACGACCACAGCAAGGUUCUAGUUAAUAAUCUUACAGGGGAUACCAUUCUUCACCUAUGUGCACAAUGCCGCCAAACUCAUGUUAUGAAACAGCUGUUGAGAAUAUUUCCGGCGGCCAAAGUGUUACUAUUGAUGACUAAUAGGAAGGGGAACACUGUAUUGCAUGAGGCAGCCAAGACCGGAAUCGUGGAGAUGGCUACGUUAAUCUUGAAGAAAGAACUAGAUGGUGGAGGAAAUCAAGUGCUGAUAUCAGUCCCUAACUUAAACGGUGAGACGCCUAUAUACUGGGCGGCAAUGUAUGGACAUAAAGAUAUGUUCUUGUUCUUAAAUACAACUGCUAGUAGCAGAGAAAUUACAAGCACAUCCACAUCCACAUCAAUGGUUGGCCCAAUAACAACGAGGACUGAUGGCUCAACAAUUCUUCACGCUGCUGUUCUCGCUAAAGCUUACGAUGUCGCAAUGGAGAUAUUGGAGAUUUACCCUGACAUUGUUUCUAAUAGAAAUGCUGAUGGCGCCACGGCUUCACAUAUUUUAGCACUGUCACCUUCUUCUUUCAAGAGUGGAACCAUGUAUUCUCAACAAUACCUUGGGGCCACACCAAUUGUUUUGGCACAAUAUGCUGCAGCUAUUAUUUACUCAUUUAUCGAAAUCGAGAAUUAUGAGAUACAUAAUGCAGCUGUUCAUAGAACACAUCAACAAGGUUCCUCAUUGAAGGAAAAAUUCAAUCUUUACUUCAGAUCACUGUGUAAAGGUCUUCCUGUCCUUCAACUCAUUUAUAAUGUAAAAUUGAAGCACGCUUACGCAAUCCAACUGCUUAGGAAGUUACUUGAAAAAGAUCAUGGCCAAUGGACAAUAAAUUAUGAAGACCCCACCUAUGGAUUGGAUGACAAGUACAAUGACCUCGAAAACCGACGUCCCUUGGUGACAAUAACAACAAGGGUUACAACUUACAAAGUUAGAGAAAAGCCACUUAUCUUGGCAACGAAAUUGGGUAUUGUAGAGAUGUUUAAAGAAAUAAUUAAAGCAUAUCCAGAAUCAAUUGAAUUUUGUGAUGAAGAAGCAGGAAGAAAUUUGUUGCACUUAGCAGCAGAAUACAGGCAUGAGCGCUUAAUAGAAUUUCUGAAGUCAUCGUCAACUAACUCAAAGAGGAACUUGGACAUUUUGGUCGUCGGAAUUGAUAGAGAUGGUAACACGCCACUACAUGCUGCUGCUAAGCUUGGAAAACAUAAGCCAUGGCACAUUCGCGGAGCAGCACAGUGGAUGCAGUGGGAGUGUGUUUGGUUUCAGCGGGUAAGACGUAUGCUUCCACCACAUAUGCUAAGAAUUAAGAAUUCCAAUGAUCAAUAUGCUUACCAAGUAUUCACUGAAACACAUUCAAAUCUUAGAGAACAAGCCGAGAGAUGGUUAAAAGAAGGAUCAAAUAACUGUAUGUUGAUAUCAGCUCUAAUAGCAACUGUGAUGUUUGCAUCUGCCUUUACUGCACCUGGGGGAAACGACUCGCAGUCAGGUCGUCCAGUCUUACUCAGGAACCAAGAUUUCACAUUAUUUCUUCAUUACGUUGGUUUAUCCUUGUUCUUUUCUCUCAUAGCUUUGGGUUUAUUUCUCACCAUCCAUGCGGCUCCCUUUAACGAACACGACUUCUUUUUUCGACUGCCUUUAAGAAUCGUGUUUGCUAUAACUGCUUUGUUCAAUUCAGUUACUUUCACUGUUUAUGCAUUCUUCCAAACGUGGUUUCUUAUCACUGGCUGGACUUUCCGUUUAGGCUUGCUUCUCUUUGAUAUGGGAUUAUCUACGCUGGCGGUUCUCUUCUUUGCUGAAUUAUACGUGGAUAUCAUAGUGGGAUUUAUCCGUUACUUGAUCGACAUUCUUUUCAUUUAGCAACAAACAAUAAUUAUGUUAGGCUACUGUAAAUAUUACAUUAUGUGCCGGGUUUCCAUGUUUCUGUGCAAUAGGAAUAUAAUUA